CAUCUGUAGAGUGGGGUGCGUAGGCUUCAGGUGGAGUCCUGGAGCUUGGACAGGGCGUCUCGGGGACCCCCUGGAGUCCAGGAAGUGCCGAAGAGGGACCUGGGCCUCGAGGUGUGGUCGAGGUGUGGUCGGCUCUGGUUUCUCUCGGUGAGGUCAGUUUGGUGGUCUAGGUGGGGGAGUCUCGGUUCCGUGUAUGUGUGGGAGAGAGAAUGGGAGGGCCAGCCGUGUAAAAUAUGGACUCCCGAGCGAACAUACCCGGCGCUGGAGCCCCAGGAGCUGAGAGAGCCGCAGAGGCCGCCAGGAUGCUGGCUGUCCCGGAGACAGGCUUGCAGGGACUGUACAUUGGCUCCAGCCCAGAACGCUCUCCGGUGCCCAGCCCACCCGGCUCCCCUAGGGCCCAGGAAAGCUGUGGCAUUGCCCCCCUCACGCCAUCACAGUCUCCAAAACCUGAAGCCCGAGCCCCCCAGCAAGCGCUCUUCUCCGUGGUGGUGGCCAUCGACUUCGGCACCACGUCCAGUGGCUACGCCUUCAGCUUUGCCAGUGACCCUGAGGCCAUCCACAUGAUGAGGAAAUGGGAGGGCGGCGACCCCGGCGUAGCUCACCAAAAGACCCCAACCUGCCUGCUGCUGACCCCGGAGGGUGCCUUUCACAGCUUUGGCUACACAGCCCGCGACUACUACCACGAUUUGGACCCUGAGGAGGCUCGAGACUGGCUGUACUUCGAAAAGUUCAAGAUGAAGAUCCACAGCGCCACAGAUCUCACCUUGAAGACCCAGCUAGAGGCUGUAAAUGGAAAGAAAAUGCCCGCCCUGGAGGUGUUCGCCCAUGCCCUGCGGUUCUUCAAGGAGCACGCCCUUCAGGAGCUGAGGGAGCAGUGCCCGUCGUCGCCAGAGAAGGAGAGUGUGCGCUGGGUGUUGACGGUGCCCGCCAUCUGGAAGCAGCCAGCCAAGCAGUUCAUGCGGGAGGCUGCGUACCUGGCCGGCCUGGUGUCCCGAGAGAACUCGGAGCAGCUACUCAUCGCCCUGGAGCCCGAGGCGGCCUCUGUCUACUGUCGCAAGCUGCGUCUGCACCAGCUGGUGGACCUGAGUGGCCGGGCUCCCGGAGGCGGGCGCCUGGGGGAGCGCCGCUCAAUUGACUCCAGCUUCCGCCAGGCCCGCGAGCAGCUGCGGAGGUCCCGCCACAGCCGCACGUUCCUGGUGGAGUCCGGCGUCGGAGAGCUGUGGGCAGAGAUGCAAGCAGGAGACCGCUACAUGGUGGCAGACUGUGGGGGAGGCACCGUGGACCUGACCGUGCACCAGCUGGAGCAGCCUCACGGCACCCUCAAGGAACUCUACAAGGCGUCAGGCGGCCCCUACGGUGCGGUGGGCGUGGACUUGGCCUUUGAGCAGCUUCUGGGCCGCAUCUUUGGCGAAGACUUCAUCACCACGUUCAAACAGCAACGCCCUGCCGCCUGGGUGGAUCUAACCAUCGCCUUCGAGGCCCGCAAACGCACUGCGGGUCCGCACCGGGCCGGCGCGCUCAACAUCUCCCUACCUUUCUCCUUCAUCGACUUCUACCGGAAACAGCGGGGCCACAAUGUGGAGACGGCUUUGCGCAGGAGCAGUGUGAACUUCGUGAAGUGGUCCUCUCAAGGGAUGCUUCGGAUGACCUGCGAGGCCAUGAACGAGCUCUUCCAGCCCACAGUUACGGGGAUCAUCCAGCACAUUGAGGCUCUGCUGGCGCGGCCCGAGGUGCAGGGCGUGAAGCUGCUGUUCCUGGUGGGCGGCUUCGCCGAGUCGGCCGUGUUGCAGCACGCAGUGCAGACGGCGCUGGGCGCCCGCGGGCUGCGGGUCGUCGUCCCGCACGACGUGGGCCUCACCAUCCUCAAGGGCGCUGUGCUCUUCGGGCAGGCGCCCGGCGUGGUGCGCGUGCGCCGUUCGCCUCUCACCUACGGCGUGGGCGUGCUCAACCGCUUCGUGGCCAGCCGCCACCCGCCAGACAAGCUGCUGGUGCGCGAUGGCCGCCGCUGGUGCACCGAUGUCUUCGAGCGCUUCGUGGCCGCCGAGCAGUCGGUGGCCCUGGGCGAGGAGGUGCGGCGCAGCUACUGUCCGGCAAGGCCCGGCCAGCGGCGCGUGCUCAUCAACCUGUACUGCUGCACCGCCGAGGACGCGCGCUUCAUCACCGACCCGGGAGUGCGCAAGUGCGGGGCGCUCAGCCUGGAGCUCGAGCCCGCUGACAGCGCCCCCGAGCCUGCCGGCGCGUCCCCCGCCCGCCGCGAGAUCCGCGCCGCCAUGCAGUUUGGCGACACUGAGAUUAAGGUCACCGCUGUCGAUGUCAGCACCAAUCGCUCCGUGCGCGCCGCCAUUGACUUUCUUUCCAAUUGAGGGGCUUGGAGCGCGGGGAGGGGGGUGGGGGGUUGUACGGCACUGCCCACCCUGUGCUCCGCCCCGCUCACGCCUUUCUUUUAGGUCAGAGUGGGUAGCCGGCUGGGACAGCCCAAUCUGCUGCUUCCCAUGUCGGUGCCCCUUUCCUGGCCCUCUGCUCAGGGGAGAUAAGGUCACGGGAGGGUUGGUGGGGACACACACAUACUGCUUUGAGAUUGCGCCUAGUCUGCUGACUGGAAGACUCCCAAGUCCCAGGCAAGAUCUGGGGCAGGUAAGGAGGCUUAAAGGUUUGCAAGACGCCACUCCCAGCCCGACUGGAACAUGCAGGGCCUGUGGGCCCGAAGACAGACAGAAAAGGCCAGCAGAGCCAGCCCUGACCUGAGGAUGGGAGGAAGUCAAGGCAGGCUGCAGGGAGUUCUUCACUGGGACAUGAAGGGCCAGGUUCACAGGAGUCAGCCCACACUGGAAACCUGCAGAGCAACCCUGUGUGGCAAGGAAGUGACUGAAAGCAGACACCAGGGGACAAGGGUGGUACUGACCAAUGCAGGGCCGUUAACCACAGGAAAAGUAGCAGCCGCUGAUGGGGGAUAGAUACACAAGGGGAUGUGGGCAGUGCGAUCGGGCCUUUUCUUCAAGACGGGUGACCCACAUGGUGAGGCUUCAAGGACCACCCUGCAGCGGACUCACUGGCACCUCCGCCCAAACAUGGAAGGGCAGUGCAAACGGAAGCAGGGGAGAUAAAAGAGGAAUGAGGGCCCACCCAUAGGCCUCGGGGUUCCGAAGUGUGAAUUAUCAGGUACCUUCCCUCCAACUGUGACAACAUUGCAACAACCCCACCUGCCUGAGAACCCCAAGGUGAUAAUAAAGCAUGUAUGCUCAAAGUGA